AACGUUAGGAUCCUCACACAUCUUCUCUUGGUCCACAUUGCACUGAAUUGUUUCUCGUUCAUUUUUUUCCUGUUUAGUAUUGAAAAAUGGCAGCUGCAAGCAGUGAUGAAUCUCAGCUCAUUAUUCCUGAAACAGCUCAAAGUGUUGAGGUUAAACUGGGGUGUGAUAUCACAGUACCAUGUCACCUGUCUCCUGAAAUCUGUGCUGUUGACAUGGAGAUCAAGUGGUUUAAGGAGACAGACUGUGUGUGUAUCUAUAAGAACAGACAAGUGGCAGAGGCGAAAGGCUACGUGAAUAAAGUAAACCUGAUUACUGAAGAGCUAAACAGAGGAAAUGUUUCCUUAAUACUUCAACGCUUCACAGAGUCAGAUUUGGGAGAUUAUUUGUGUCAAGUCACCAUUGGAGACAAAACAGAAGAGAUAACAGUAAAAGUACAAGAUGAUACUGUACAUACUUCUGACUCAAGGCAAGAAAAACAAAUAACCCCAACUAGAAAAGAACCACGAGGAAGCUUGUUUGCUCGUAUAGCAGCUGGAGCAUUAAUAGGUGCAGUAUGUGGACCAUCAGCAGCAUUAGGAGUAGCAACAGGAGCGGUAAUAGGAGCAGUAGAAGAAGCAUCAAGAGGAGGAGCAGGAGGAAGUCCAGUAGAAGGACCAUCAGGACAACCAUUGCGGCCAGCAGAAGCAGCUGAUCAUAGAAAAAUCUCUUUCUUGAAAGUAAACAGAACAUGGAGUGAGCAGGAGAGACAGAACAUGGAAAGAUCUGCUCUGUUAACAGGUCCAGUAAGAAGAAACAGCAAGGACAAGAUCGAACCAAAAAUGACUAAAGAGACCUCAAAUCCUGAGUCUUCAGUGUUGGUUUCUGGAUCAGAGCUCAGGUUGGUUCUGCUGGGAAGUGCUGGAUCUGAAAAGAGUGCAUCAGUAAACAUCAUCCUGAACAGAGAGGAGAAGAUCCAGACUGAUACAUCAACAGAGAUCCAGCAGAGUGAGAGCAGACAGGGGGAGGUGAAUGGGAAGCAGGUGACUGUGGUGGAAACUCCUGACUGGUUUUGCUCUGAUCUCUCUCUGGAGGAGGUGAGACAGGAUGUGAGACUCUGUGUCCGUCUGUCUGCUCCCGGACCUCACGCCUUCCUCCUGAUCAUACCAGUACAACAAUCUACUGGAGUAGAGAGAGCAAUGCUGGAGAAAAUGGAGGAGAUUUUUGGGGACAGGUGUUGGAGGAACACCAUGAUCCUUUUCACUGUUACUGAUGAAGAACAAAAGAAGAGCAUUGAGGAUUUUGUCCAGUCAGGGAAUCAGGAGGUCCAGAGACUUGUAGAGAAAUGUGGGAACAGGUUUCACUGUCUCAACAUUCAUCAGAGUGGAGAUGAUUCACAGAUCUCAGAGCUGCUGGAGAAGAUUGAGAAGAUGAUGGAAGGAAACACAGAGAGAUUUUACAGAAUAAAAGCUACCUGAAUGAACGACUUCUGAUAGAAAGAGAGAAAUUUAACACUGUACAAAAGCUCUGACACAAAUUCAAAGAUGUAGUCAGUGGCAUCGAGGACUUUACUAAGCUUGAAGAGUUAAUUUCAUGA